AUGAAGUUGUUUGGGACCGUAGUUCUGGUGGCUUUGCUGUUGAUCAUCCCAAACGAUGGCAGAAGACUACGGCAGAGAAGAAGUACAGUUAUAGUUGACGAGGUUGCAGAACUAAAAGCUAAAGUAGAGAAGUUAUCUGAACAAGUUCACAAGCUUGAGGAGCAGAGCCAUGGGGUUCAUAUUCAUAUAGGAAACGACCAUCAUGAUCACCAUGACGAUCACGACACCGGCCACCAUGCUGACCACGAUGGCCAUGACGAUCACGACAUCGGACACCAUGCUGACCACGAUGACCAUAACGAUCACGACACCGGCCACCAUGCUGACCACGAUGAUCAUAACGAUCACGACACCGGCCACCAUGCUGACCACGAUGAGCAUGGCGAUGACCACUCUACUAAUACACAUGCUGACCACGAUGACCAUGUCGAUGACAGCCAAAGCACCCAUACCAAUGACAACGAUUCCACCAACAUCGCCGAUGACAGCGAUUCCACAAACACCGGAGAUGACAAUCAUGACAAUCACCAUCACAACGAACACCAUCAUAAACAUCGCCACAACACACACCAUCACAGCGAACACCAUGACAACCAUUACCCAAAUGCCCAUAACAUCUAUGUCAACAUGAAGCUUGAAGAGGGACAUGGUCAUUGCGAAAAGCAUUCAGAAGCGGUCCAUGAGGAACACGAGGUCCACGCACACUGUGAGAUGAUGCCCAACAUGCAGACUCCCGAUCUCACUUAUAAGAUCAGAGGACAUAUCGAGUUGACUCAGAAGCCCCACGAAGAUGAAGUGAGUGUUCACUACAACCUCAGGAAUCUGAAGCCAAGCGUAAGUCACGCUAUACAUGCACAUGAAAGCGGGGACAUGGAGCGGUGUUGUGACUCCCUCGGGGACCACUACAACCCUACCAAUAAACAACACGGAAUUGCUGGCAGCACUGAUAGUCAUGUAGGAGACGUAGGAAACAUAGCUGGUGACGAACAAGGGUUAUAUGUCAACAACCAGACGAUCCAUGCUGAUUUACAUCAACUCAUCGGCCGAUCAUUAGUCAUUCAUCAAGACGUCGAUACCGGCCAUGGUACUCAGGGACCAAGACUAGCGUGCUGUGUCAUAGGGCGAAGCCAUGACGAUCACCAGUCUCACCAUGAAGAUCACGACCAACAUGGUCACCAUGACGACCACCAGUCUCACCAUCACGAUCACGACCAACAUGGUCACCAUGACACUGAUGGCCAUCAUGGACAGCACUCCGACCGUGCCCAUGAUGACCAGCAACAAGACAACACAGACCAACACGGAUAACAUGGAGCCAAUCAUGAACACGUUUCGUCAGACUUUCACUCACAUAGAAUUCGCUUUGUCUUAACACGACACUUAUACAAAAAUAUGCAUAAUAAGUAGUGUUGAGAUAAUUUUAUACAGUUGAAUUUCAAUUGUUACUUUGUAUACGAUGUAGUAUUAAACUGAUCACCAACAACACUGAUUGUAGUAUGAAAUACCUUGUC